UCUCACGCGCGUUAUUUUCGCCUUAAACUAAUAUGACAAGCAAUUAAUUAAUAUACAAGAAAAUGGGCGCAGAGGCUCCUCGGAAACGACGAAGACUAUUUUUUGAGUCGUAUGCGGAGAUCGAUGCCCAGAAAAAUGGUCUUAAAGAGCAAAAUCAAAAUCUCGAAGUGGACCAAAGCGCAAUACACCAAGUGCAACAGGAAGAGCAUCACGAGAACGAGUCCACAGACAUGAAACUGGCGAGGCUACUAUCCCUAUUUCCAAACUCCGACGAAGCCGCACUACUAGAUGUGCUGAUCUCGUAUGAAGGGUGUGUUGAGGCUGCAUCAGCUGCGAUAGACGCCGGACAAGAAGAUGCAGAACAAACCGAAGACUCACCAGCCUCACCUAUUGAGCAGGCGUCCAAAUCCACCCCUAUUCCAGGAAUACAAACAUCCCUAUUAUCCUCCUUUUCCAUCCCCCCAUCGUCACUAGGCUGGUCGAAACCGCUCACGAAACGUGGAAAGACGCUUUACCUCUACUCACCCGAAGACGUCGCCCGCAAUACUCCCUGCUCCAUAAUCCACAACUUUCUGCCCCCGACACAAGCAAAUGCGCUUCUGGAGGAGCUUCUUGAAGAUGCCAAAUCAUACGAAUGCGAAAAGUUCCAGUUAUUUGAUACCGAAGUCCAGAGCCAUCAUACAUCUAAACUAUAUGUCUCCGAAGCGCAGGGAAUGAUGGAACGCAGCUCGGAGUUCGUAUACAACGGCUCGUUCCGGAAUAACGUGCGCAAGCUCUCGCCGCUGAUGAAUACUGUUUCUGAGAAGGUGCAGAAAGCCGUGAAUCGUGAAAUUCAGGCACGUAUAAAGUCUCAUUAUCCGGGAGGCAAAAAGCUUAAAUACCAAUCCCCGGAUGAAUGGCUUCCAAAUGCAGCGGUCGUGAACUGUUACACCGGGCCGCAGGAGAAUCUGGGAUGGCAUUCGGAUCAGUUGACGUAUCUUGGGCCACGGGCAGUGAUCGGGAGCUUGAGUCUGGGCGUUGCUAGGGAGUUUCGCGUUCGAAGGGUCGUGCCUCGAGACAAUGAUCAAGAGAAUAAACAAGACGUAACCAAAUCCCACUCAUCUGACAGAGUAUCCGAUACCCAGGGCCAAAUCUCAAUCCAUCUCCCGCACAACUCACUUUUAGUUAUGCAUGCAGAGAUGCAGGAGGAGUGGAAACACUCCGUUCCAACCGCUCUGACAAUCUCUCCGCAUCCUAUAGCGGGGAAUAGGCGUAUUAAUGUCACUUACCGAUGCUGGCGCAAGUCUUUCGACCCACAGAACAUCCCACGCUGUCGAUGUGGCUUGCCGACAAUUCUGCGAUGUGUGCAACGGAAACAUGAGAAUUACGGCCGGUAUAUGUGGAUGUGCUAUGCUGGAUAUUCGCCUGGGAAGAAAGGGUGUUCGUUUUUUCAAUGGGCGCGAUUCGAUGAUGAUGGGGAACCGCUGUGGGAGGAAAUGGGUAUCAGGCCUGUGGCUAAAGGAAAGAUGGGAUAAUACUUGAAGAUGCUGCAAGGAAUUAAUAUGAGAGUGGCAUAUACAUAUGCAAGGUUGGACCAGGUUGUAUUAAUAUAAUGAUUGAUUGACUAAACGAGGAUUGUUUGUGCUAACUAUUACUU